AUGUCAAUGCCGGAGUUCUACAAAUCAUUCCGUCGCACAGCCGACGGUUCAUCUAUUGAGAUGAAAGAAGAGACGCUGCCCCGGUCUCUUCCCUCCAAUCAUGUCUUGAUCCGCAUCCAUGCAGUCUCUCUCAACUACAGAGAUGUUGCGAUGAUGAAAGGAAAAUACCCAGUUCAGGUCAUCGAUCGUGGUAUCCCUGCCUCCGACUGUGCGGCCGAAGUCGUCACAGUCGGUCCCGACGUCAAGGAUUUUAAACCGGGAGAUCAUGUUGCACCGACUUUCGAUCUCAACAACAUCGCAGGGCUUCAAGAUGACUCGCAGGUUCUUGGGGGUGAUGUUGAUGGUGUGCUACGGCAAUACGCAGUCUUUCAUCAGCAAGUGUUGGUCCACUUACCCGAGUAUUUGUCCUGGGAAGAGGCGGCCUGCCUGAACUGUGCCGGUACCACUGCCUGGAGAGCACUGGAUAUGCCACAGACUAGGGGCACUGCAUUACUCCAAGGAACGGGUGGCGUGAGCAUGUUCGCCCUAUUAAUUUGCUUAGCCGCUGGUAUUCAGCCGAUUAUCACAUCCUCAUCCGACAAGAAGCUGGAGACAGCGCGUGCGCUCGGUAACCCGGGCGCGGUACAAACCAUCAAUUACACAACUCACCCGGACUGGGAUAAACAAGCGCUUCACCUUACCUCCGGCCGAGGGGUUGACAUUGUUGUUGACAAUGUGGGCCCAACUGCUAUCGCAAAAGCCUUUUCGUCUCUGGCCCGUGGAGGCCUUAUUUCCCUCGUCGGCUUCCUAGGAGGAUUCAAUGUGGAUGAGCAACCCAAUGUCCUGGGACCCGUGCUGCUGAAAAGCGCCAGAUUGAGGUUUGUCACUUUCUACCAACCAGGCAGCUUGCGAGACAUACUAAUAUUCAAAAAAAAAAUCGUUAGAGGUCUCACUCCGGGCUCGAAGCAUGAGUUCCAGGCUCUUUGCAAUUUUCUGGAAGAGAGAAAAGUCUCGCUGAAGCCAAUUUUGGACAGCACUAUAUUUUCCUUUGAAGAUUCGCAAAACGCUUUUGAUUACCUGUAUGGGGCCAAGCAUAUGGGCAAAGUGGUGAUUCGAAUCUGA